CCCGUUCCGGGCUUCGUUUGCUGAUGGCUUGGCGACUUGAGCAGUUCUCCAUCACGUGAUGGAGGCCAUGCGAAAAUGGCUCCGGCAGCAGCUGCUGGACGCAGAUGAGGAGAGCCGGACCUGGCGGCUCCGCGCCAUUCAGGCCGAGGCAGAGUUACGGGCUUUACAGGUCGAUGUGCCUGGAUCCCCAAAGAUGGAGAGCCUAGACUCUGAAAGCGGUGAUACUGGUGGUGCAGGCUCAGAACAGGCUGCCAGUUUGAACAAGCCCCAAGACUUGCAGGUAGUCUUGAGUCAAGUCCUAGGUCUCGAAAAGCACCUGGAGGAGUGGGAACCUUGGCGAGCGAAGCUCCUAGAGGAGACUCAGGUCGCCAAGGCAGAAGCUCAAAAACUUCAGGUCCUUUUGGAUGCACAGAAGGCCGAGCUUCCGCGGGCUGAAAGAGAGGCGAAAGAAGCCAGUCAAGAAGCCCAGAUCCUACAAGAGGAGCGUGCCAAAGUGAAAGCCGCUCAUGAUGCAAGAUGCGCGCUGAUUGCCCAGGAGAUUCAUGAGUUGCUCCUCAAUGCAGGUGUGCGAAGGGUUGGCGAGAGCCUGGUGUCCUUGCAACAAGGCGAAGCAGCACUGCAAGCCAUCCAGAACUCCACCAGACAACUGGACGACGAUGUCAAGGAGACCGCCCAAAAGCGUGAGGAACUUUGCAUGCGGCUCGAGGAGCUGAAAACCCGUCACCUGAACAACAUGGAGACGCGGGCCAAGAGUGCUCGGGACGUUCAGGGUGCACGACAAGCCCUACAGUCGCGUCAACCGAUGCUCACCAAGCUGCAGGGCGAGGUGUCUCGGAUCCGCUCGCGAUCCGAACGAAAAAAGAAACAACUUGAGGCGCAACUGAAUCAAUCCUUGCUGGAGAUGAAAGAUGCAAAAGGGCGAAUGGAUGCUGCGGAUGAAGCUUUGCGCAAGGUAAGACACCAGCACUCAAAGCAGCUUCGGAGUGUAAAAAGCCAAACCAGUAGCCUUCAAGCAGAGGUUGAUGCACACAUUCAAGCCAGUGAAGCUGCAGAACAAGAGAUGCAAGAACUGCGAGAGCGCGAAUCCGAGUUGGAGAGCAGCGAACGGCAUUUCUUCCAGCAGGAGGAAGAUCUCAUGCAACAGGCCAUACGGGCCAAAGAGCGCCUCAGCAGCCUGGAACAACAGACGGAACGCUUCGAGGGCGAACGAAGAACUUUGAUCGAAGAACUCCAACCGCUUGAGGAGGAGUGGGAACAGGUGGAAUUGCAAGCGAAAGCUUUGCAAGACCUCGCAGAUGCGGACACUUUGAAAGCAAAGGAACACCAAUUUGCUGCGGUUGGUUGCAAAGAAGAGAUUGACGCACACCUGCGCGAGUUCGCAUCACAGGCGGACGAGCUCACCAUGUUGAGCGGCCUGGAAGCCGAAGUGACGGAUCUCCGGAAACGCCGAGAUCAGUUGAUCUCGGAACGAACAGCACUGGAGGAUGCCUCAAAGGCUUCGCUUCAAUCCUUGGAGCAACAGCUGUCAGACUUGAGGGAAGCUCAACGCCGAUCCACACAGUUGAAGGCAGCGCACGAAGACUUUGUAAAGCUCUUGCCUCCCAGCAGCUUGCGUCAGGUAGCUAUGUCCGUAGCAGCGGAGCAGUCCUUGCUACGAAUCAGCCGGAAGGCCGAUCAACUGCAUAGCUACUUUGAGGGUCCAGGAAGGCCCGCUGCGGGAAAUGGACCACCUGGAAGUUCUCGUCGCAUCACCCGAAUGAGUGCCAGCAAAGAGAAUCUGGCGACAACUUCGGGGCGCCUUGCUGAGCAGCUCAUGGAAGCUGCUGAGACCAUCGUGAGGGAUGAACUGAAGGAAAGCCGUCAAACGCUGGUUGAUUUGCAGCAGAAACUGGCGGAUGGGUCGAACAAGAGAGGUCAAGAGAUCUUCAACUUACGGUCCCAGCGGCGUGAACUCGAAGAGGAGUUGUGCCGCGUCGAAGCAGCGGUGCAUUCUGCGAGUACUUCAUCAGCAGCUCUGGUUGCGGAGCUGGAGCAGCACUUGAAGGAACUCCAGAAGGAAGCAUCUACUGACGAAGCGACGGUUGCGGCAGAAUUUUCCGACUUGCUACAGCAACAGUUGCUCGAGCGCGAUGCCCUCAAGUCACAGGUUGAAGAGCUGAGACGUGCAGAGGCUGAGGAAGCAGCUAAGAGUGAGAUGGCUGCGGCAGCUUUGCGGGAUCGGGAAGAGGCCAAGAAGCGCCUGAAGGAUCUUGAGACCGAGCUUUCUCAACUCCAAGCUGAAGAGGCUGACGCGCGGCUCUAAGAUUUGAUUCGAAUAAAUGCCAAUGAAUCCUGAAACUU